CAGAUCAUUGGCUUGAAAUACUGUUACCUAGCACCUAGGCCUCCUGCAGGCCUUCUUACAGGGAUGUGCUUUACCAUCUACCCCUUAGCCCUGUGCAGCCAAUUUCCAUUACCAACAAAUAGCCUAGCUUUACCUGGGCUUCACCUUCAGGGCACGAGGGCCACUCGUGGACACAAUCAGGGGAUUUGGACCGCUGUACGGUCAGAGGAGACUAGUGUGUACUCUAAAGAGAGGACAAAGGUUGGAGAGCUGCCAUUUUGUGCAUUUGGGAAGUUGUAGGACCAGAUGGAGUUGCUAACUGAUUUAUUUCGUACAGCGUAAUGGUCACAUUCUGUUUUUGUGUCGGUCUUGCUCAGAAACUAUUGAAUGUUGACAGCGUGAGUACUUACCUGAGGAAGAGGAAUGGAAACACUAUUCCCUGUGUGCAUUACAACCUGUAUUCUGAUCAGGUUGAUUAAAUUACAGGGGUGUUACUACCCUCAUCGAAUCACAAUCGUGCAAAUGUGCGCAAAGCUGCUUGGAUGUAGGAGGAUGGGCCUGCCAGCGGAAAGCCCAGAAAGAGACCCUGAGGAGGAAUCUUUUCAGUGUGGACCUGAGCAGGGAGAGGAUGGUGAGGGUUGGGGGAGCGAUAGGACACCUGAGGCCUGCACCCCUACUCUCCCAUCCACUGGCAAGAGGAAGAAGAAAAGGAAAAAGAGACUAUGGAUCAAUGUUGUCAACUGCAAAUACGAAAGUGUGCGACGUGCCGCUCGCCGAUAUGGCCUUCGGGAUGCAGUGGAGGGCGAGGACUGGACACUCUUCUGGACUGACUGCUCUGUCUCACUGGACAGGGUCAUGGACGUCAAGCGUUACCAGAAGAUCAACCAUUUUCCCGGGAUGAGCGAGAUUUGUAGGAAGGAUCUUCUGGCUCGAAACAUGAAUCGGAUGCUGAAGCUCUUUCCGAAAGACUACAACAUCUUCCCCCCAACAUGGUGCCUCCCAGCGGAUUACAGUGACUUCCAAGCGUACACCAGGGCCAAAAAACACAAGACGUACAUCUGUAAACCAGACUCCGGUUGCCAAGGGCGGGGCAUCUUCAUCACCAAGUCCAGCAAAGACAUCCGCCCAGGAGAACACAUGAUCUGUCAGGUGUACAUCUCCCGGCCAUUCAUUAUUGACGGCUUCAAGUUUGACCUGCGUAUCUAUGUGCUGGUGACCUCCUGUGACCCUUUCCGGAUCUUCCUGUACAAUGAGGGGCUGGCCCGUUUCUGCACAACUCAAUACAACGAUCCGAGCUAUGGCAACGUGAAUGAUGUUUGUAUGCAUCUGACCAACUAUGCCAUCAACAAGAACAGUGAAAACUUUGUCCGUGACGACGACACGGGCAGCAAACGUAAACUCUCCACCUUGAACAAGCACCUGGAGGCCAUGUGCUGCGACACGGAGAAGAUGUGGUUGGACAUCGAGGACGUGAUUAUUAAGACGCUCAUCUCUGCCCAUCCCGUCCUCAAGCACAACUACCACACAUGUUUCCCCAACCAUGCCGCCGGCAGCGCCUGCUUUGAGAUCCUGGGCUUCGAUGUUUUGUUGGACCAUCGCCUCAGGCCCUGGCUACUGGAGGUGAACCACUCCCCCAGUUUCACCACUGACUCCAGGCUGGACCGGGAGGUUAAGGAUGGUCUGCUGUAUGACACCCUGGUCCUUAUAAACCUGGGUGCCUGUGACCGUCGGAAGAUCACGGAGGAGGAGAAGCGCAGAGUGAAGGAGAGGCUACAGCAGACUCGUACCAGAGAGGCGAGGAGUGAGGAGCUGCGUCAGUCCCAGGCAGCCAAUGUGGAGCAGAUGCAGAGGUACGAGGCUAAACACCUGGGUGGCUACCGGCGUAUCUACCCCCGGGAGGGGGGCGAGAAGUACGACAAGUAUUUCAAACACAGCAGCUCCCUGUUUCAGGACACCGCCGCAUCCAAGGCCAGGGAGGAAUGUGCCAGGCAACAGCGUCAGGAGUUGGGUCUGAAGCAGAAGGAGCAGGAGCACAAAGGAAGUCACCGUAGACUGGGCUUACAGGGGGAGUCUGCCGGAGAGAGAGUCAAAACACACAGAGCACCAGCCGGUUUGGCCACCUCCCAACAGGUUACUCUCUUAGCAGUGCCCCCCCUUCCUCCUGCAAGCAACAACGGUUCCCUUACGGUGCAGGACUUCUCUGAGGACGAGGAGGACACGGAGAGGGUGCGUGGACUGCUCCAACGGGAGAGACUUCUGAGGGACCUUGGGGUGGUGGAGCAGGUCUACCGGCUGCUGCAGGGAGGCAACCCAGUGCCUCAUGCCCGUACACCCCCCUACGAGCAGAAUGAGCUGCCCCAGCAUAGACAUGAAGCAGCCUGUAAGUUGAACUCCCUGACCGGGUUCUCGCGGAGGCCGAACAACCCCUGUGCUUCGAUCCAAAGUGGGGUGCCUCCCGGGGCCAAGCCAUUCGUUCAAUUUGUCCAGUCCAAUCUGCGGCAUCGACCCUGGCCCAGUCUGGACCGGGUACACCAGGGGCCCGCUCACACAGACUCUGCCUGCCUCCAUUACCACACCACCGAGGAGCCGGAUGUAGAGACCUGUGUGGCACCAUGGAACCAGAGGAGGGGCAACAGUGCCCAGCGUGUCCCGUGGACGAUCAAUGGGGACCGUCGGGGCAGUAUGAGCGUGUCCAGUGCGGAGUCCAAGGCCCGGGUCACAGUGUCGCACGUCUCUCAGGGAAGGCCCACACGGCUCCACUGCACCAACACGUCCCACGACCCCAGGGCCCUGCAGAGCCUGUUUGUUAUCUCCACCCGAGCGCCCCUGGUCCAGCGGCCCAAAUGUACCCACCCCGUCCGCAAACCCUUCCACAAAGUCCUCCAGCACGGACAAGAGCCCUAGGGAGCAGAGACAUAGGACAUCGCUGGUCCUUCCGUAGUGCCACAAACCAUGAGCUGGGAAGAGCAAAGAAAGAGUCUCCCAAAGAUCUCCCAAAAUUGUCCCCACAUACUGUAUACAUUUCUUUAUUUAUUUUUAAUUCACAAAUAUGACUAUUUAGUAUUACUCAUUUGUUUGACUGUGAUGUUGAUGAUACUGUAUCUUAUCUGGGGGGGGGUCCCACUAUGCAUUCAUUUAUCAUUUUGCAAAGUUAACUGUAAUCCUUUUUUUGUGCCAAAUCUUGAAACAGUGAAAUGAUCACCAAAGGAGUCAUCCUGGAUUAAGGCAGUUUACCCAAUAUUACUUCCAGGUCAUUGCUGUAAAUAAGAGUGUCUUCUGCGCAACCUUACUUGGUGAAAUAUCAGUAAAAAAUAAAAUGAAGUUGUCUCAGAAAUAUAAUGCAUUGAUUUUUAUAAGUUGAUAUUUGUUAAAUUGAGGAUGAUAUUGAUAACUGUAGGCAUAUUAUUAAUAUACUUCAUAUGAAUAAUCAAAAACAUUACCACA